AUGGCCCUUCAUGACCUCGUCAUUGUUUAUUCCUUGGGCGUCUUCUCUGAAAACUUCCAACCUCCACACCUAAUUGAGCUGUUUUCCGACUGUUACGCUUCCCAUUGGCUGCAUGUGGCUCUCCCCACAAGCCAGCCUGGUGCUUUUUUCCAGGUUGGCUUCCACUCUUGCUUCUUGCUCAACUGGGCCAUAUUUCAGAGGAAGACUUUCCUCACGGUCUCCACCGCCUCCAAUCAGGGAAUUGACAAAGUUGUGAACUGCUUAUACCAGAACGCACUUUUUAGGCUAGUUGGCUUUCCCUGGGCAGGAGGUGGCUCCGAUUAUUUUGCCAAAUGGGGCCAAGAUAUUCCUAAUUGAAUGGAAGUGCAUGCCAUAAGGCUUGCUGGGAGAGAAAGUCGGCUUGAAGAUCCUUUUCCAAGUGACAUCUACCAGCUGGUUGAUGAAGUUGCCUAGGCACUGCUGCGGGUCCUCCAGGGUGACAAUUUUGCAUUUUUUGGCCACAGGUAUUUAACCUCUGUUUUGAAAGACCUUUGGGGGAGUUUCUUCCAUCACAAAUCUAUGGUUAAUGUUGUUCUUUGUGUCCUGUGGGACGCAUGCCUUUGUUUUGGUUACACUGCUUCACCACUGCUCCAAAGAACGAUUGACUCACUAUGCUUUGAUACACCCUCUGAGGCUGUUCUUUCUUGUGAGUUACAUGACUCAACAUGCUUUACUGUAUCUGAAGAUAUACCAGCGGAUUUGGAAGCUUGGGAAGAUGUAACCAGUGGAAGUUUUGAUAUUCGUGGGCUUCCAGGACGCCACUUUUAUCUUUUGGAACCUUCCAACGAGAUCUUCAUCAAGAAUUACAUAACCAAGUCUCUAGAAGUAUCAAUGCUUCACUGUUGUUGGAUGUUUUCCCUCUAGGUCUUAAAAUAGCCCAAGUGAUUAUCUGAUACUCCUCUUCAGUUUUCAG